GGGGGCAUGAAGUACGGGAGUGCCUGGGAGCAGAUCUCAGGAGUCAGGGUUCAGAAAUGAGAACUCGGGUGGUCCCCCUCUGGAGCCCCAGCGACUCUUCUCCCCACCCCACCCGGAUGACAGGCAUCGUUGUUCCUCAGCCCCAUGGACCCCCUGAGGCAGUCCCCCUCCCGCAGCUCGUCACGGGCCUCCAGUCCGAGGACCCUACCCUGCGAGAUGCUUGGUUACGUGGGCAUCGAGGCCGUGCUGGACCAACUGAAGAUCAAGGCCAUGAAGAUGGGGUUUGAGUUCAACAUCAUGGUCGUUGGACAGAGCGGGCUGGGCAAGUCCACCAUGGUGAACACACUCUUCAAGUCCAAGAUGUGGAAGUCCACCAUGCCGGGCCUGGGGGUGCCCACACCCCAGACGCUGCAGCUGCAGUCUGUGACCCACGUCAUCGAGGAGAGCGGCGUGAAGCUUAAGCUGACGGUGACUGACACACCCGGCUUCGGGGACCAGAUCAACAACGACAAGUGCUGGGACCCCAUCCUGGGCUACAUCAAUGAGCAGUACGAGCACUACCUGCAGGAGGAGAUCCUCAUUACCCGGCAGCGACACAUCCCCGACACCCGAGUGCACUGCUGCGUGUACUUCGUGCCGCCCACCGGGCACUGGCUGCGGCCCCUGGACAUUGAGUUCCUGCAGCGGCUCUGCCGGACUGUGAACGUGGUGCCUGUGAUCGCUCGGGCCGACAGCCUGACCAUUGAGGAGCGAGAGGCCUUCAGGCACAGGAUCCAGGAAAACCUGAAGACUCACGGCAUAGAGGUGUAUCCACAGAAGUGCUUCGAUGAGGACAUCAAUGACAAGAUCCUCAAUAGCAAGAUCCGGGAACGGAUCCCCUUCGCUGUGGUCGGGGCUGACCGAGAGCACAUUGUGAAUGGGAGGUGUGUCCUGGGCCGGAAGACGAAGUGGGGCAUCAUUGAAGUGGAGAACAUGGCUCACUGUGAGUUCCCCCUCCUGAGAGACCUGCUCAUCCGCUCCCACCUCCAAGACCUGAAGGACAUCACACACAACGUCCACUAUGAGAACUACCGCAUCUUCAGACUGAAUGAAAGCCACGUGCUGCCCCGAGGGCCCGGCUGGGUGAACCUGGCCCCAGCCCCGGCCUCUGUCCCUGCCCCCGCUGGCCCCCAGGCCAACCCCGGCCCCCCAAAGGUCGGUGGGUGGGCCAAGGACAACUCAGAUGAGGAAUGCUGAGCACCGGCACAUCCCGGGCCCGCGGGGCUACCCAAGUCCUGGGCA